GAGAGAGGAUUGGGCUUUCGUCCUUGUUUACCUGCACGAACACCAUUCUUCAUUCACGUGUUCGAUUGAGAAAAGGAGAAGAAGAUUUACAAGAAAUCACAAUGAAGAAGAAUACAAGGACGAGGAAAUUAAUUUCCUCAGCAAUGAAAAACAAGAAGAAUAUCAAACCAGAUAAAUUUCAACAACAGGCCGUCUGCCGCCACCCGCCGCCUGAUCCCGCGGCGGCGAUCGACGGUGUAGACAUGAUCAGCCAAUUGCCGGACGAUAUUCUCACAUCCAUAAUCUCACGGCUGAGCUUGACCGAAGCCGCCGCCACAAGCAUCCUCUCCACCCGGUGGCGCCGCCUCUGGACCCACACUACUCGUCUCAACUUCCCUCACUUCGAACAACAGAGAGGCUCCUCCGAGAAGUACAUGAAAUAUUUGCAGGAAAUAAAAUUCCCCAAUUACGUAAAAUUCAUCGACCGCGUACUCGAUUCGUACAACAACGACGGCAUCUUGACCGAAUUCAGCAUUCAUAUGCCUUGUUUGGAAGGAGCCAAUAUCGAGAAAUGGAUCGAGUUUGCGUUAUCUCGAAAAGUCGAAAUUAUCGACAUAAGUAUGGUUUAUUUUAUCAAUGCUACUAAAAUCGGGUCUUAUAGUUUCCCUUGGCCGUCGAAUACGAGUAGCCUACAAUGCGUAAAGUCACUUAAGGAAUUAACCCUAGGCGCAGUUGAUUUAGACGAUCGAGAUAUCGAGCUUUUAAUUUCGAAUUUUAUUUUUCUCGAAAGACUAUCGAUUUUACGAAGUCGAAAGUUGAGAAAUGUAGCGAUUGUCGGCCAUUUAGGACUUAAGUUGAAGCACUUGGAAAUAUCUCACGCUAGAAACGUUGAAUCUAUCGAGAUUUGUGAUGCGACGAGCCUUGUUUCGUUGAGGUGUUAUAGAUUGCCGUUUACGUAUAUUUUGCGGCUCGAUAAUGUUCCGAGAUUUACCGAGUUCGAUACUUCUGAUCAAUAUCGUAACACACUUGCCGAUGUAUUGCCUAGAAUUCCGUCCUCCAUUCAUGAUCAACUGCUGCAGCUUAAGUUGACAACUGCCCCCGAGUUUAUUAGGGCCACUGAAGCAGACUAUGUACUUCCCAAAUUAAUAAAUCUAAAGCAUCUAGAGCUGCGUGUAAUCAUGAAUAUCGACACCGAUACCUCUAAACUAUUUCAUCUGAUCGAGGCUUGUCCUUUGUUGGAGAAACUGGAGGUGAAGUUCUUGUGGUCGAUGUUCGAUACAGAAUUUAAACGUAGAGAGCCCGUCGAGUGUUUAGAUGAACAAAAUCCGGCAAAUAAUCAUCUGAAAGAGGUGACAUUUUCGGGAUAUUUAGGUUGCCCGUCUGAAUUGGAAUUUGCAUUGUAUGUUCUAAAGAGAGCUGCGGCGCUCGAAGAGUUUAUCGUAGAACCUUGUGAUGUUUCUAGAAGAAUCCGAGGGAAGGCAAUAAGUCGUGUGUGGGACCAUUUUCGACCAAUAUUCGAUGAAAUUGAACUGUUGUUUGUUGCUCAACAAGAUUUGCAUAAUUUGCAUUAUGUAGCCAAGAGCAAAAUAUCCGCUUAAAUCAGAAUCGAAUAAUUUAUG